AUGUUAUUUAUCCUUUGUUUAACUCUUAUUGUCUUUGCUAAAGCAGAAAAAGGAAAUUCAUGUGAUAGUGCAAUAAGAAAUGCACAAAUUGUUUCACGUUCUAAAGAUGUUUUAGAGAAAUGUAUAAAGAAAGAACUUCCUUCUGAUGUUUGUGUAGAUAUUUAUUCAAGACAAGCAUUUAAUCCAAAAGUUUAUUGUGAGUCUAGAGGAGGAGAUAUUCUUUGUAAUUUAUGUAAUAGUGUUGCUGAUAAAUUAAUUAAUGCAGCAGAAAGUAAUAUGGCAUUGGAUAAAGUUCAUGAAUUAAUGAAUAGUUUAUGUGUUAAAUUUAGAAGAGAGCUUCCACAACAUUAUUGUUAUUUUGUUCUUGAUGAAUUAUAUUUCAAAAUCCUUCAAUACCUUGAAUCUGGGAAUAGAUCUGAUCAAUUUUGUGAAUGGGCUAAAAUGUGUCCUUCUUCAAAUUAA